GUGUGACUAAGCUACGUGGUUCAUAAUCUGAAUAGUAUGCUACACCAAAAAAUAGAGCGGGUGCUCUCUCGCGUAGUUCCCCAGACAAAUCAGAGUUCUUAUAUCGCAUUGCAAAACCGUAUUACCUCGACCAGGACAUUCGCAAGCCACACCUCACGCUUCCGAUCUGUCUCUCGAAUCUUCUAUCAGCCACAGAGCCGUAAGCUCUCAAGCACCGGCCGUAGAUGCAGCAAUGGGAACUACAACCGAUUCAACAACUCCGGCCGGGGCCCACGGGCGCCGCCGUUGAUAUAUCACCUGUUGUCGCGGGCACGUACCGGACACUUCGUUAUAAUAGGCCUUGGCGCCUCGGCAUUCUACUACUAUAACACCGAGGUAGUGGAGAUGACUGGCCGCCGGCGGCUCAACUUCAUAUCCGUGCAACAUGAGCUAGAGCUCGGAGAACAAGCCUAUCGAGAGAUCCUCGCGGAGCAUAGAGAUCGCAUACUGCCAGACUCUCACCCCGAUGCUAAGGUAGUACACCGUGUACUCGAGCGACUUAUUCCGCAGGCACGCGUAGAGGGCGCCCAGUGGAGAGCCCACGUCAUCAAAGCGGACAAUGUCAGAAAUGCCUUUGUUCUUCCCGGUGGGAAAGUCUUUGUCUUCACCGGCAUCUUGCCUUUCUGCAGAGAUGAGGAUGGUCUGGCUGCGGUCCUCGGUCAUGAGAUCGCGCAUGUGGUUGCUCACCAUAGUGCGGAGGGUAUGACUCGGAAUUAUCUUCUGAAGUCUAUUGUCACGGUUGUCUCGUUUCUCUUCGAUAUCUCAGCCAUGAUCCCGGCUUAUUUGUCGCAUUAUCUGAUUAACUUGCCCAAUUCUCGGGUACAGGAGGCCGAAGCGGACGACAUGGGUUUAAUCAUGAUGGCUCGAGCCUGUUACAACCCGGAGGCUGCUAUUGCCUUCUGGCAACGCUUGGUAAACAACAAAGAAGAACAUGAGAUUCAUCAAUUCUUGUCGACACACCCUUCGAACGAAAGUCGUAUCCAUGCUCUCAGUGAGAAACUCAACACAGCACAAGCGAUCUAUCUGGAUGGUGGCUGCAAGAUGGCAAAUGAGUACAUGCCUGACUUUAGGAGAGCUUUCGCUUAUCACAGGGAGGUUUGAAGCACAUGGUCCCAUUAUUUUUACUGUUUGUACAUAACCUAGUCUAUGUAAAUCCCCAAUCCUGUAUCAACAC